UGUCGGAACCGUAUGUCUUCCUGGCGCUGGUUGCUACCCGGACUUGCAGUUAGCGCACAAUAGGAAGUGUAGGGAGUUGGAGCUGACUGCACGGAGUGGAGCCCUGUAGCUAUUGAAUUUAUUUCGUGGUUGUGGGCGGCGUGCAGAUCUCUGUGGGGGGCUCUGCCGCCUUUUGCUGGGUUAGCUUGAGGAGGGCACUCUGGGUAUUUUACCCCGGGAAUGUUCGGUCCACGUUGGCCCGGCAACUGCUCCUGUGGGCGGCUGGCUUAAUGAUCCUCGACUCCUGCAGUCAUGACCCGCCCCGCCCUUAUCGCCUUCACCCCGGCCCGGGACCCGAGUGACCUCUGGAAGGAUGGGCGGCAGCAGCCGGAACCGGAGCCCCCCCUGGACGGGGCAGCUGCCCGGGGCUUCUAUGAAGCCCUUAUUGGGGGGAAGGGACAUGCCCCCUGCGGGCCCCCGGGACCCUCGCGGGUGCCUCCCAAGGAAAGAAAACGGACGCAGAAGACCAGGCAGCAGAGAGCCGGGGCCGGGGCGGGAGCGCCUGCGGCCUGCCGCGAGAGCGAGGGGGCCUGGGACCGGCAGACGGCGCGGCUCCUGCGGGCUGCGCAGGCCGGGGACGUGCGGCAGCUGCGUGCGCUGUUGGAGCCCCGAGGCCCGGGGGCCCGCGGGGGCGACGUUAACGCCCGGGACGCCUUUUGGUGGACCCCGCUGAUGUGCGCCGCCCGGGCCGGGCAGGGGCCGGCCGUGCGCUACCUCCUGGCGCGAGGAGCCGCCUGGGUAGGCGUGUGUGAGCCCGGAGGCCGCGAUGCGGCUCAGCUGGCCGAAGAAGCCGGCUUCCCCGAGGUGGCCAGGAUGGUCCGGGAGAGCGGGGGCGAGGAGAUCCCCGAGAGCCGGCCCUGCUCUCCGUUGCCAAAGUACUGUGGGACUUGUGGCUCCCAUUACCGAGACCCUAAUCACAACAGCUCUACUGCUCACCUUUUGUCCCUGUCCCAUGGGCCUCAGCCACCCCCCUUGCCUCCAGGAGUCCCUGCCUCUAGCCCUGGCUUCCAAUUAUUAGUAAAGGGGGGCUGGGAACCUGGAUUGGGACUGGGACCCCGGGGUGAGGGGCGGACUGCUCCCAUUCCCACAAUCCUCAAGAGAGACCAGGAAGGUUUGGGAUAUAGGCCAGCUCCCCAACCCCGAGUUACACAUUUCCCUGCUGGGGACCUUCGGGCAGUGGCUGAAAGGAAAAGAGCACCCCGGGCUGCUACUUUGGGCAAAAGAGAGGAGAGGCAUCGAGAAGAGAAGAGUAGAGCUUGGGAACGGAACCUACGGACUUACAUGAACCUUGAUCUUUGAUCAGGACUACUUAAACUGUCAUCUCAUAGACUCUGGAUACCUGUGAUUACCUGUUUACAAGGAUUACUGCUGAGAUCUGACGCUGACUUGGAAUUUCUACUUGGGUCUUUCUACAACUGGAAUCCCUGCUUAGAGUUGAGAAAUAAAACUGUCUUUUUAGCUUUU